AUGUUGAAAUACUUCAAUGAGAAUAUAUCCCUAGCGCUGCAGGAGAGGUAUAGGGACCUCCAUGAGUAUCGAAAGACGGAAGCGGUAGAGGAAGGGUCACCGAGGGAGGCGAAAGUUCCGAAAAUAGCUGAGGAAGGGGAGCAGAUCGGCGGCGAAGGCGCCUUCGAGCCGAGCGCCGCGCCGCCGUACCCGAGGCUCCUGGAACCGCCUAAGGAGGAAGACAGUUUCGUUGCGAGUUGGCUUCAGAACUCAUUUAAGAUGACUGCCGCGGAAGGCAAUGACUCUGCAGCCGCUGCGAGUGCUUUAGACCUAAGAGCAGCGCCGUUGUCCCUACAAAUUCCUGCAGCGCUACAGCAGGCGGCCGAAGCGCAGCGGUUCAAAAUGCAGGACUUCUGGUCCCGCAGCCGACCGAGCUCGCCGGCCCAGGAGCCGAUGGAGGCCCACAGUCAGCCUGGCCCAGCACCACCUACGCCUCAGCCACCUGCAACGCCUGAUCAUAAGAUUAUGACCGAGAAACUUGUCAAUGAAAUUCAGUUUAUAGAUCUUAGGAUAUGUGAAACUUAUGCGAGGACAAAAACUGAUUGUCGCUCUGUCUCUUCUUUUCACGCCUUCUCGUCGUACGUUGGAACGGGACAGCAACAACAGCAAUCACCAUCCGCCGACUCUACGAUGAGCGAGAGGUCACUCGUACCGUUUGCCCUGUGUCAACUGUUGCUUACUGGCAUCCUACUAAAAUACGGUUUCUUUCCAUACAGCAACAAGCACGAUCCGGACAGAGCAUCAGUGAGCGAACGCUGGAAGAGUGCUGGUCGACACUUCAGCGAGUGA